AUGGUGCCUCGCUCGCAGCCUGUCAGACCUGAUGGGCCUGAUGAUAAAAUGAGCCAGAGCAAGAGCGAUGCCUGCCCCGCGCUGGAUGCCAUCUUUUGGGACAGUGGAUAUGAAAGUGGGCCCAAUGGCAACCCCGGUGAGGAUGAGGAUGAAAGGGAUGAUUCUGAUGAUGAUAUCUUUGAUGACGAUGACGGCAACUGUCUCCAGAACACUACCUAG